UACCUGUUCCAAAUACUACCCGUUCCUAAGAAAUAUAACUCCAUUCUUCUAUUUCUAGCGUGUUAUUAACAAAAUACUAAAUAUAUAUUUCCCAUUGACAUAAACAUUUACCUGAACGCUCCCUGUGUCAUCGUGGAGUGCCUCAGUCCUGCCUCCAUGCCUCCUUCUGCCUUCCUUCAGUGCCACACUCACCCUGGAUAUACUUUUGUGUGGCGGGGAGGAGAGAAAAUCACCCCUGUAGUAGUGGUUAAAGUAAAAGGACUGGAAAUAAGGCAGACAAUUAACACAAGUCCAGCAUCGCGAGUACACGAGUAACAAACAUUCUCACCCUGGAAGUACUUUUGUGAGGCGGGGAGGAGAGAAAGUCAACCCUGAAGUAGUGGUUAAGAUACAAGGAGGAGAGAAAAUCACCCCUGUAGUAGUGGUUAAAGUAAAAGGACUGAAAAUAAGGCAGACAAGUAACAAGUCCAGCAUCACGAGUGCCAGAGUAACAAACAUUCUCACCCUGGAAGUACUUUUGUGUGGCAGGGAGGAGAGAAAGUCAACCCUGUAGUAGUGGUUAAGAUACAAGGAGAGAAAAUCACCCCUGAAGUAGUGGUUAAAGUAAAAGGACUGGAAAUAAGGCAGACAAUUAACACAAGUCCAGCAUUACGAGUACACGAGUAACAAACAUUCUCACCCUAGAAGUACUUUUGUGUGGCAGGGAGGAGAGAAAAUCAACCCUGUAGUAGUGGUUAAAGUAAAAGGGCUGGAAAUAAAAGCACAUAUGUAACACAAGCCCAGCAUCACAAGUACCUGAGCAACAAACAUUCUCACCCUCUGCCUGCCCUAUCUUGCACCUCAGGACACCUUCACUAUUUAUUAACAGACCGAGAACCACCGAUAAAGACGUGAGAACUAAAGACAAGAGACCGAAAACGAGGAGUAGUCCAACGGAAGCUAAACUAAGGGACCAUCACCCCAGAAACCACAUCUCUAAAUGGUUUAACACCCACCACACAGAGGAUAAAGAUACCACUAGUGUCUACUGUUCUAUAUAUACCACAAAGAAGGCAGAUCAAGGGUGAAACAUUGAGAAUGAAAGCAUCCAUUGUACCACUGCAAAGAGGAGUAGUCCAACGGUAGCUAUACUAAUUGACCAUCACCCCAAAAAACACAUCUCUAAAUGGUUUCACUCCCACCACACAGAAGAUAAAGAUACCACUAGUGUUUAUUGUUAUAUAUAUACCACAAAGAAGGCUGAUCAAGGGUGAAACAGAGAGAAGGAAAGCAUCCAUUGUACCACUGCAAAGAGUAGUCCAACGGUAGCUAUACUAAUUGACCAUCACCCCAGAAACCACAUCUCCAAAUGGUUUUACUCCCACCACACUGGGGAUAUGGAUACCACUAGUGUUUACUGUUCUAUAUAUACCACAAAGAUGUCAGAUCAAGGGUGAAAUAGUGAGAAGGAAAGCAUCUAUUGUACCACUGCAAAGAUCCAAGUGGCUUAUGGGAGGGAGAAAGGAACAGGACCCAAGAAUCACCCUCACUGACAGCUUGGGUUCGGUUCUGUAUCGUUAAAAUAUAAUCUUGUGGAAGGGCCGAGAAUUAAGGACAAUGACAUCAACAGUAUCCUCAGACCACCUCAACACCACGAGGAAGAGGCUGGAAGAGGCGCUGGGGCCGGAGAAGAAAGUCAAGUAUUUCUACUAUAUGAAGCAAUGGUUCAGGAUGCGGAUGACGAAGGAGGAGUUUGACACUUCCGCAAGAGACCUUCUGGCUCUCAACACCGUCCACUUACACAAUGACUUCCUUCUCGCCAUCUUUGCCAAGUGCCAGAUGUUCUACGUGUCCUCCUCCUCCUCCUCCUCCACAGCCUCACGCACCGACUCACACCACCGCCAUGAUGAACAGCGGAUGGAUGUUGGUGGAGGAACAGGAGUCUGGGACCACUCUACAUCCACAAAUAUACAUUCCACUCCACCAGCUGACCGCAAGAAGCUUAAGGCAAAGAAAAUUAAGAAAUUAGCACGGCCUCCCUCUGAUGGCAACUUUGAGCCAGUCACCGUGCAGAGUAUCGCCGCCACAGCCACACUGCAUGAGCCCCAGGCCAUCAUGGACGCUGGGGCCGGCUAUAUGUCCCGCUCCAUGUGCCUGCUGGACUCGGCACCACUAAAGGGCCGCCUGCUGCUGGCCGCCUGGGACCACGGCAUCACUCAGGUGGCGGACAAUGUGACCAGCAUGCUGCAGGAGGCCACACAGCAAUGCAUCAAGGACAUACUGUUUGCUGUGAUCAGACGGCGGCGUGGCUACCGAAUGAGGGAGGGCUGCUUCAUCCACUCCCUGGGCACCACUCCCCCCAACCCUUGGCUCAGAAACACUGCCUCCUUGUCGGACUGGACUUCUGAGAGUCUCGGCCUACCAGUGAGUGAAGGUGGCGACACAGGGGAGCGCCCGGUGUGGCCCACGGUGGACCUGGCGGAGCAGAACGCAGCCCACUUGGCCUCGUGUGCCCCCCAGGUGGAGCAAUCCCUUCCUCCCAUCAGCUGCAGAGACCUCUUUGAGACUCUUCAGGUCCACAAGAGUGUGCUGCCCAGCCACUCCGUGUACAUCCUGGGCAUGGAGAGGAUAUCAGCCCGCCUGUGGCACCCAAGCUGCGGGGAGGUGGAGCAGGAGGCCAUGGCUGCCCAGGAGGCCUCUCUGCGUGACACCCUCAAGGAGCACAGGCUGGCCGCCAACCCCGUCAACUGAGGCCGCCACUAUGAAGAAAUGGUUGUCAGUGCUAGAAAGAAAUCCUUGUCUAGUCCUCCCAGCACUGUUUCAAGGUGAGGACAAGGAAAGAAUAUCACUCUAGGUCUGUGGUCAGCCAAAGCUGCAACACCAAUAUGGCUGGGUUAAGGUCGUGAUACUUAUGGAUGUGUAUAUACAUGAUCCCUCACCGCCUCUGAUCUCUGAGAAGAUAAAUGAACGGUAAAGUCUGCAACUCACGACCAUGUUUUGAAAUACUGCAAUGUACUGGUGACCACAAUCACCCUGACUAAACUAAAACUGCCUUCUCUUAAAACAAGAAGCACAACUAAGGAGAUUCCUCAUGAUCAAUUAUGAAUAGAUUCACUUACUCUGUGUAGCGUCCUUGCAUCUCAAGUUCCACAACCUCGGGCAAGUUCAGCCCCAAUAUAAACCUUGAAAUGCUCCCUCAGCUUUGUGCUUCAGUCACAACAGCUACUGUAGUCAAACCAUUUCAAAUAGUCCGUUUGGGUGUUUGAUUCCGCGGGUCCUUUCCUCCCCUCUGCUCUGCCACACAGUUCCAACACCUAUUUUUCCCUCUCGUAUGUUACCCAUAGCUAACAUAUGAGAGUAAGGGAUAGAUGUUGGGACUGUGUGACAAAGCAUAGGGAAGGAAAGAACCUACAAAAUUGAACACCCAAACAAACUAUUUAAAAUGGUUUGACUAUAAGAAAGCAGCCCAUUCAGGGGUGUGUUACAAGGAAGUACGUACACUGAAAACUACAGACAGGUAUUGACGCUAUAGCAGCACUUUCCCAGUAAUGGGGCUUUUGUCUGACUCAAAGUGUAAACAAAUAUAAUAAAAGCUUACAAAGGA